AUAGCCCCAUUUGUUUCUUAAAAACACUAAAAGUGAGGCUACUUUCACAUAAAUCCACAUUUAUGAAUCCAUCCUUCCUCUUCCAACGGGUCUCGCGGAUACGUGGCAGGAUGCUUCGACAGGUUGAUAAGAUGAAUUGUGACUCGGAAGUACUUUUUAGCAGCACCAACAAGAUGUUGUUCUGUUAGCCAGUGUGUUAGCUAGCUGUUAACCAAGUCGGGACGUUGCAUUAUAAUUUUUGACACCUAAAUCUGGAAAAAAAACGAUUUGGGGAAAAAGAUGCUUGCAAGUGAAUAUUUACUUGUCAGGAUUCCGCAUUUGUGAAUUUUUAAAGCCGGUCAGUUGCUGAAGCUAGUUAGCUUAGCUUAUCUUAGCUUUGCUUAUCGAGGCCAGAGACUGUCACGUCCGUGUUUAGCUAGGUAACGUGGAUGUUUGGAGACGAGCUGAGCUGUUACCAGAACAGCGACGUUUAUUAAAAUUACAGCUAUCGUCAACCAAGCUAUGGUUUAUUAAUUUAACUUGACGAGCAUGACUAGAAGUGCGUGUUAAGAGUUAGAUAGGUGGAGGUUGGUGUUGAUGUUUUAGCUAGCUUAGCAGAAGGUUAGCCGAAGAGAAAAGUGCAGCCAUGGACGAUUUUAGCUCUAUCAGCCUGUUGUCUCUUGCGAUGUUGGUGGGAUGUUACGUGGCCGGGACAAUACCUUUAGCAGUCAACUUUUCAGAGGAAAGGCUGAAGCUGAUCACUGUGCUGGGAGCAGGGCUGCUGUGUGGGACUGCACUGGCUGUUAUCAUCCCUGAGGGGGUCCACGCACUUUAUGAAGAAGUACUUGAAGGUGUGCACCACAGCCACGGCCAGGCUGGUGUCGUGGAGGUGUCUGAGGGGAAGGGUGAGGCAGACGCGGCCCUGGGGAGUGUCAGCGGGAAACAUGAGCACAGUCACGAGCAGCUUCAUGCCUGCAUCGGAGUGUCUCUGGUCCUGGGCUUCGUCUUUAUGCUACUGGUGGACCAGAUAGGCAGUUCUCAUGUGCACAGCACUGAAGAUCCAGAGUCAGCAAGGGCCGCCUCUUCAAAGAUCACCACCACCCUGGGACUGGUGGUCCACGCUGCAGCUGAUGGAGUGGCUCUGGGUGCUGCUGCCUCCACCUCUCAGACCAGCGUCCAGCUCAUUGUCUUUGUAGCUAUCAUGCUGCAUAAGGCUCCAGCUGCGUUCGGUCUGGUUUCGUUCCUGAUGCAUGCUGGUCUCGAGAGGAACCGCAUCCGCAAACAUCUGCUGGUCUUUGCCUUGGCAGCGCCUGUCCUCUCCAUGCUCACCUUUUUAGGGCUCAGUCAGCAAGGAGGCCCUGUCAGACUUCAACGCAACUGGAGUCGCCAUGCUCUUCUCCGCUGGCACCUUCCUCUACGUGGCCACCGUCCACGUCCUCCCUGAGGUCGGGGGUGGCGGCCACAGCCACGCCCCCACGGGAGGGACCGGAGGGAAAGGACUGAGCAAGGUCGAGGUGGGAGCUCUGGUGCUGGGCUGCCUCAUCCCUCUGGUGCUGUCCGUCGGUCACCACCAUUAGACCCAGCGUUCAGGACGGAUUUACGGGGGGGGAGGGGAAAUGUGGAGACAGAGACUUCAAAACAAUGUGGAUCUAAAUGUCUUAUUGCUUGUUGUCUGCUGAUGGACCAGACCGGUACUCGUUGCGGGGCGUUUCAGCGGUGACAACAGGAACACGACAAUGUUUUUCUUCUGCCGACAAAACAUCUUACAUCUUCUGUGUAUGUGUCCCUUUAUUUCACUAGAAAUCUUUUUUUCAAGAGAGACCAGAGUUGGACUCUUUAUCUCUGUUUACUUCGAUCACUGUGGCGUUUUCAGUGUUGCGUCAGUAUGCUAAGUCAAAGAACCAACCUUGAUACCAUUACAGUGAUGUUUUACUAGAUGGCAGUUCCACAGAGAGAUUUAAUCAAGCCUGUGUAAUAU